CUCCGACAAUAACGAACGCUUGGGUAGUAUUGAUAGGCUCAAUACCACGUUCACUUUGGCCUUCCUCCGUAUCAUCCAGGCGGUUUUGGCGACGUUGACCACAUUUUCGUUGGACGCCUCGUUUGAGCUCGUUCAAUGGAGUCUAGUCGGUGCGCGUGAGGGGCUGUCUUUUUCCAGUCUGUUGGCUCUUUCACCAACAACUGGGACACUGGGAAUGCUACGGCUGCUCGGGUCUUUCAGUUCUAAACUCUCAACAAAGAUCUGGACGGUAUUGAGAGGUUCGCUAAUGUUAAUGCUGUGGGUAUCGACUCUGGUGCUUUUUCUCCAAACGUCCCAAGUCACCGUUUAUGACACAUCGGAAAUUUACAAUGUUACAGCUGGUGUAGGGUCAUUUAACGGAACCAAUGUACAGCAGUUCAUCGACCUUCUGCAGGAUAACCAACCCGAUUAUCCCUAUCAGGUCUUUCCGUACAACUACUAUGCACCGGUAUACAACCUGGUUACCAACCCAACAUUUUCGAGCCUCGCAGAUCCCGUCAAAUGCUCGGGAAGUAGCUGCUUUUCGUAUCUUCUGAGCGGUGGCCUCGAGAUGGUGACUCCUUGGGUGUCACUGCGCGAUCCCACGUUUCCCCUGGCCAGGAUUUACGAUGUGCCUUCCAUCCAGCUGGAAUUCUCGCAGAUGCCCAGAGACUUCUCAUUUGCAUCCAAAGACUGCAGCAUAUUCGGCACAAACACCAGCACUAUCGCUGCGCGUCUCUGUGUGAGGGACGACGCGGACAAUUUUGGGGUUCUAAAUGCAGGUCUAUACGUAUGCUUGAACGGAACCGCACAUGGUGCCUGCGAAGUAGACAGCGCCACUUCCGUGCCCAACAUCACAACGACGAUGGCGGUCUUUAGCCGCCGCGCUACCGUACUGGCCGGACUUGCAAACUUCAGCAUCGUUUCGACCGAGUCGCUCUCCCCGCCGGUUCGACUCGAAGAUCUCGACAUAGCCUCCUACGAGCUGGCACUGAAGUGGCUCCUCAACUACACGGCCACCAACAUCCCGGCCCCCUCAUCCAUCAUCGAGAGUUUCUGGGUGUCCGAUGUACAGCUUACAUCACCCACAACUCAUGGGCUGUUGACACAGAGCUUUCAGUCCAUUCUCGCCUUUCCAUUCUGGCUGUUCAAUGCGAACAAUUAUGGCAACACUGCCCUCAAGACACAGGACAUGAUUGACACUCUGCCCAUUGAAUUUUACACUCAAGUCGCUGUAGUCGCCCCCUAUAGCAAGAUUGGGUUUGACAAGGGCAUGUUCAUCGCGUUCAUUGUGCUGCAGGGUGCGGCUCUACUGUUCAUUUGGGUUGUGCUCGCGUGGGUCUGGGUCUUCGUUGGAGCUAGAGAAGCGUCGGCGCUGCCUAAAAUCACCUCCUUCCCUAUAUUCGAUGUUGGUUUCAAGAGUAGAGUCGAAGGGCUUGAUCUUGGAACAGGAGAGCUGUUGAGAGCCGACGGCUCGGAAGCCUUGUAUCUUAUACAAGGUAUGAACGCUCGAGCGAAAAGGGAAUGGUGA